CAAUACUCCCACAUCAUUUUCUAAAAAAGAUGGUCGAAAGGUUAACAUAUGUCUAAGCGCCAUUUUUUCAAGAUGGAUAAUACAUUGCAGUGCAAGAUCCUCGGAGUUGUCACUAGACCACGCGGUGUCCGGGUUUCAGGAAUCAUGUCACAGUUCGUGUCAUUUACAGUUCCCACGUAAGUGUAAAAAACUGGAAUCAUGGAAUCAAAUGUGGGCCGGGUGAAGUUUAAUAUCAGAGGCAGGACAUUUGAAACUUUGGUGUCCACCAUCAAAUCCAUCUCGGACUCCAAACUAGCGAACCUGACACCGGACCACACGUCAUACGAUACAGAGAAACAAGAAUACUUCUUUGACAGAGAUCCCGAACUCUUCAAUGUUAUAUUAAAUCUUUUAGUCUCUGGAAAUUUGCAUGUUCCGAAACAUAUAUGUGGAGCUUUAUUACGAGAAGAGCUGUCUUUUUGGGAGAUCAAAAAUGGCAACGUCAAGGAAUGCUGCUGGAGACAGUAUUUCCAACAUGAGGACGAUAUGGCGAUUUUGACGGAUCUGAUCCAGAAUGACGACACAAAAGAGUCUGCAUCAGAUGACGAAUCACUUAAGGAGAGAAUAUGGCACGUGCUAAAUCACCCUGGGUCUUCCAAACUGGCAAAGACAUGGUAUUGUUUAUAUCUGUGUGUUGUGGGUGUAAGUAUCCUGAUUUUCUGUAUUUGGAAUAUCCAAGACCUACGCACAGACCUGUAUGUAUCUGAGUUUAUCACACAUCACUAUCCCGACAUCCAUCUCUCCGGAAAUGAUAAACUAACGACUCUCAUUCUGACGGACCCAGUUCCGGUGUUGUUUGCUCUGGAAACAGGUUGUUUGUUAUUCUUCAUGACGGAAUGGAGUGUGGGACUCAUUGUCUGUCCGAAGAAGAAAGACUAUCUCACAUCGUGGACUCACAUUGUCAGCUUUGUUCUUGUAUUUGCCAUGUUGAUGAAUUUCAUCAUGGAGUUCUUCAAGUCAAUUCUAGCAGAAAACGAAGUGGCUCGCUGGUUGUAUUUUUUGUGCAAAGCCAUUAGCAUGGUUCGACUUCUCCUUUUCGUUCGCGUUGCGCGUCGUUUUAGUGCUUUGAGAGUCCUUCUUCUUGCAAUAAAGCACAGCCUCUUAGAAUUAUUAUUGAUGGCUAUUACAUUUUGUAUUGGAAUGCUGUUCUUUGCGACAUUGAUUUACUACGCUGAAAUAACUAACAGCGAUUCCUUUUCAAGCAUAUUUAUCUCCAUGUGGUGGGCUAUUAUCACCAUGACAACCGUCGGAUAUGGCGACCUAUACCCCACAUCUAUCGCUGGCUAUGUGGUAGGGGUUCUGUGUGCCCUAUCCGGUCUCUUGUUGCUCGCAAUGCCAGUAGCAAUCAUUGCAUCAAACUUUUCCGAGUACUACAGUCAAAAUAGUUUUCAUCAACGUUACCAAAGGCUACAAGAAAAGAACAUUCGUAGGGAAAACGAUGAAUUGAAUAAAAUUCAUCCUAAAGAAGACAUUAAAGUUGAAGAUUUCAAAUAAUAUUUGCGAUUCUAAGGUAUAAUUUAAUUCUUCUUUUGCGUGUGUGUGUGUUUUAAUUAUUAUUUUGCUGUUUCUUUUUUGUUGUUGAGAUUUUGUUUGUUAUAUCUUGAUCUCGCGUCCUUGUUUUAAAUGUUUUGUUGGUUUUUAUGUGUUAUCUGAACGCUUACACGAUGAACAAGUUGUCAAAAUGAAGUGUACACACGUUUAAAGAGUUAAUGUAUUUGGAAAAUUGACCACUUCCCCGGUGUAUGAAGUAUGCUUUCGGCAUAACUGGUUUGUCAAUUUCUAUCCAUUAUAUAAAAAUACAGAUAUAAAAAUGAUGGACAGUAAUUGUCAAUAUAUUGAGAUAUCAUGUAAACCCAAUAACUUAUUGAACGUAUAUAGGUAGACUGAAAAUAAGAGAAAGACAAUACAUUUGUCAAACAAAUUCCUUAAAUUAACACAGAUACCCGAAAACCACUGAAACAUUUAAACGAAGAAUUUUCUGCGCCACCUUUAUGAUUCACAAUUUUUAAAAUUUGUCAUUAUUAUAUCGCAUCGAAACUUAAAUUUUAAAUACAUUUUUCAUUGCUGCAUUUGAAUUUCUCUUGAUUCAGAGACACAUUCCGAAAAUUCUUCACAAUUCCUUUUUCUUGAUGCAUUCUUUAUCUCUUAAUUCUGAAUUAUCAUUGUUGCUUCCAUGAAUGAUUUCACUUCAUUUCACGAGAUGGGCAUCUUUGGUUCAUUUAGCUGGCGUUGAUUAUUUCCCCAUCCAAUAGAUUAAAAAACAGAAUGGUUUUCAGAGUAGAAUUUAGCUCCAUAGCUCUCUACUCCCGCCCAUACCCAUAGUUUAUCAAUCAAAAAGAGAGUAUUUGCAGUAUUUUCUUUAACAUUAUCAAAUUUUGAUUGUGCAAUGAAAAUACUCUCCCCAUCGAAGGAAGACAUAUUGAUAUGGCUUAGUACUAUAGAGUGAGUGAAUAUAAAACAGUACAAGAUACCCUUGAUUACUUGAUUGACACUGUCCAAUAAGUGAACAAAAAGAAACUGACUUGUACACAAGUGGUUGUAUAGUCCAACUAUUCACAAAUAGCUGUCAUAAUCACCAAUGUCAAUGGGUUUACCUAAGCUGACCAUUCUUAGAACAAAAGAUGUAAUGUUUUAAGUAGGAUAUAAGCCUCAAACUAUCCAUUCUGUUAGAGAAAAAUUCAUUUCAGUCUUACGGGCCUCUAUUAGUUCUUUCUCUUACAACUUGGACAGUUUUUGGCUUAAAUCCUUUACAAACUGAAAAUCAUAUGAUAUUGCUUAAAGAUGUAAUUGUCUGUAUUUAAAUUCUUGCUAAUUACUAGUAUCUAACAUUCUCCAUUUUUAAAUCGAUCUUUAAACAUCUUUUUGUUAAUGUAUUUGUGAGUUUGGAAUAGAAUCAAGUUUAGAAUCAUUUCAAUUAAUUAGUUAGACUUUAUUGUAAGAAAAAAUGUAGUUUUAUGUCAAUAUCCCAAAAUAUGCUGCAAAAAUGUGUAAACUUCAGAAAGGAUAUAUUCCGAUUAAGAAUACUAACGAUUUCCCUUUCUUCAUAGAUGAAAAAUAAUCAUAUGUCAACUCAACUUUGUAAUAAACGAGAUGACUUCA